GCUGUCUACUCUGGAGUCCAGGUCUACGAAAUGGAAGUGAACAACAUUGCUUGUAUGCGACGACGUUCCGACGGCUGGCUCAAUGCCACUCAGAUCCUCAAGGUUGCCGGCGUCGACAAGGGCAAACGCACAAAAGUCCUCGAGAAAGAAAUCCUACCUGGCGAGCACGAGAAGGUCCAAGGUGGAUACGGCAAAUACCAAGGCACCUGGAUUACCUACCGCCGAGGUCGCGAGUUCUGCCGUCAGUACGGUGUCGAGGACCUGCUUCUCCCCUUACUGGAACAUGACCUUGAUGGCUCUGGUGCUGGUCAGACCACCGAGACGCCGACCAAGGAACAAGCCAUGGCUGCCAACAGAAAAAGGUUCUACGCUGCAGGUGCCCAAGAUAGAAGUGGCCCCGCUACCUCAAACACUUUCUUCCAGAACAUCUCUUCCAUGUCGUCCGUUGCUCUUGCAGCCCUAAACAAGGCUGCCCGUCUUAACUCGCCAGCACGUCCGAAUCAUAUAAGACGCUCUUCUCAGCAACAACAAAACUCCUCCCACAGUAUCAUGGCCGAUGCCAGCUACCAAAUCCCCGACUCUGGCUACAACACCCAGAGCGCUGCUUGGAGGACCGCCCCAGGUGGUCAAGAACCCCCAAGAAAGCGUAUGAGACCCAACGAUGAUAUCCCGGUAGAUGCUUCAAUCAUGUCACUCGACCCAACCGAGCCUGGAGAAUCUUUCCUCCAAAGUACUCAACAAUAUCUCGAAGAAAAUGUCAAUGGUUCCGACGAGCCUGUCACACUCCCUCCUUUGCCAACACCUAUGGGCAUUGACGAAGAAAACAAGCGUCUGUUGCUCCUCGACCUCUUUGCUGAAUCAUCCAGACAAGACUUCGCUUCACAUCCAGCACUUCUCUCCCUAUCACCCCAGGAUCUGGACAUACCCCUGGAUCCUUCUGCAAACACUGCUCUGCAUUGGGCUGCAACGCUGUCAAGAGUGCCGUUACUACGACUGCUCAUUCAAAAGGGUGCCAACAUAUUCAGAGGCAACGCUGCAGGCCAGAGCGCCUUGAUCUCGGCUGUUCUGGUCAACAACUGCUGCGAGCAUUCUUCAUUUCCAGAUGUUCUAGAGCUUCUGAGUCCUCUCAUCGAAGUCAGAGAUGCUCAAGCACGUACCAUUCUCCACCACAUUGCUGUAUCUUGUGGUAUUAAAGGCAGAGCACCCAGCAGCAAGUACUAUCUGGAGGCCCUGUUGGAAUUCUUGGUUCGCAGUGUGUCCAAGCCUGCACCGGUCGAGAAUGGCUCUGCAACUCCUGGACAGGCAGGCAAAGAGCGGAUGAAUCUGAUGCGCUUUCUCACGCAUAUAGUAAAUGCUCGAGAUAAAGCAGGCAAUACUGCUCUAAAUCUUGCAGCCAGAAUUGGCAACAGAGGUAUCAUUCAGCAGCUGCUGGAAGUCAAAGCCGAUCCGACCAUUCCCAAUCAAAAAGGUAUAACAGCCCGUGAUUUUGGUGUCGGGAUCGAAGACGAGAACGGACAAGCCAAUGCAGGCUUCAACAACCCGUCGAACAUCGACCCAAUAUUCUCCCAAUCACAAGCUCCGAACCAACAAAAUCAGGAUGUGAUCUCAUCACUCACGAGUAUGCUCACCGCAAACCUCGCCCAGCAUAAGCAGUUGCUCGCCGAGAAAACUACUCAGAUCGACAAACUCAACGCCCAGAUUCAAGAAUUGUCCGCAGUAGCGAAGACAGAGAGCGACCAGCUAGCAACUCUUCAGCGCCGUGCCAAAUCUCGCAGUGAAGCUCAGUCAAAAAUUGCGAAUCUAAAACGCAUCCUCGAGGAACGUCACCGCAACGGUAGAAAGGUGACCAAGACCAACACGGUAGUGGGAGAUGCAGACAAAUCUGUCUCUCCUGUGCUUGCGAUCGUCGACCAACUACCAUCGAAUGUUACAGAUCCGGCACAAGCAGUACAACAGCUGUCACCUCCACUGCAACAGCAAAUUCUCAACAACGCACCUUCAGUUGCUGAGCUACGUGCCCUCAAAACAAUCUACGAGACGAACAACGACCGUCUGCACCAAAAGUCCACACAGCUCAAAUCACGCUCUUCACAGCUCGAACACCUGUACCGUAAGGUUGUAUCUUUGUGUACCGGUGUUGCAGAGGACAAAGUCGAGGAUCAGCUCGGUGCGCUUCUGGCGGCUGUCGAGUCAGAAAAAGGAGCGCUCGGACGGGAAGAGGCAGGCAGAGUCAGGGAAUUCUUGAUCAAGGUUGAAGGC